AUGACACUUCAUUGGGGAGAAGGAACACUAACUAAAGCACAAAAGCACCGGCUGGCCUUGAGAUAUCUACAUUUGAGUUUCUCAUGGAAUAAACCAAAUUCCGUUAGCAAUCAAACGAUUGCCAUGAAAUUAUGGUUGUACGAGCAAUUGACGUGGUUUAAAAAAUCAACAAAAACGAAUCAUCAUAAAGUGUGA